UCACACUGCAGCGCAUCUUUCUAUUCCGUUUAAAUCUAAAGCCAUCAGCUAAAAUGAAGCAGGCGUUACUUAUCGCAACCAGCGCUUUGCUGUUUGUUCAGAUCAUCCAUGCCUUACCGCAUAUGAAGCGUGAGUCUGUCGCCGUAGUUGUACACGGUGCCAACAGCCUCCAUGAAACUCAAGGCACAGCUGCCGAAGAGGACGACGCCAAGGUGCAACUUGUUGCUGACACUUUGACCGAAAUAGCUGUAUUAGCUAAAUGGACACUCGACAAGGGAAGCGUAGUCAUAAGGAAUUCCGUUAAGGAAUUGAAUGCGAUUCCAGUAAAGGAUGAACAAUUGCAAGCCAACAUCACUCGCAUGUCCAAAGUUGUUGAAGAAAUCUCACGCAUCAACAUGGAAGAACAAGAGGAGGUUCUAUUGAAACUCUUCACUGAAAUGAUUGAAUUUGCAACCCUCUUGGCCGACUACCAAGGCAUGCCCGAGUGUUCGAAAUUGCAAAUAACAUUGAAGGCAGCUUUGGAAAACAAUGGCUUCAACAAGUUCGAUAGUGAAUUCAAAGAGAAGAUCGUUGGGGUUGCUAAGAAUUUCGAAACUAGAUUCAGUGAAUUCAGUGAAGGGAUGACUACAGCCAAAAAAGCAAAGAAUGCUAAAUUAAUUCAUUGGUAUGAGGAAUUUAAGGCCGAAACUGGCGUAGAGGCGAAGCUUGACAAAUUUGGCGAAUUUUUUUAUUUAAUAUCUUAAGUUCCUGCAGGUGCUACUUGCAUGCAUAUAUUUUCUUUCAAUCCUCAUUACGAAAAUACAAAAACGUUAAACGGUGAAUAAUUUUA